AGCCAAAACCAUUCAUUACAAGUGGUUCCCGAAGCUCCAGAGUCCUUAAAAACAGAAUUAAGUCAGAAUUCAACGAGCUUCUCAAACUGUUUUACUCCUUCUAAGCACCAACGAGCCAUGCAGCAAUACACCUUUACUUCUACCUACCUGAUGUGAAGGCUGUCUCUCACUGUCGGACCCUGAGUUAUGAUGCAGCAUGACCUCAGCAGGACGUCGCCUGUGUCUCUCAUCUCUAAACAACGUCCCUCUCCGGUGUCCCCCCACGAUGCCCCCGACCCUCACAACUUUGCGGAGACUCUGCCAACGGAGAUGAGUGUGAGGAUUUUCGGCGAGCUAGACGCGGAGAGUCUGUGCAGCGCGGCACAGACCUGCAAGCUGUGGCACCACAUCAUCGAGGGCAGCGACCAGGUGUGGAGGAGGCAGUGUCUGCUGGUCCGGGCCGUCUGCCAGAGGGAGGUGGACACAGACCGGAGACAUGGUCUGUCCUGGAAGGUGACUCUGGUGAAGAACUACCCUCGCAGCUGUGUGAAGAGCGCCUGGCUCAGCGGGAGCUUCAGCCAUGUUCGCUCUGCGGCGGAGCUGAUCGGACGCAUCAUGACUCCACUGGACGCCGAGACGUGGGGAGAGAUCCUGCAGGCCGAACUCGACAGAUGAGCCACGGCUUCUUAUUCACAGCACCUCGGCACCUCAUUUAAUACUUUAAUAUAUAUUUUAUACUUUUGUGUUUUGUGCGAACAAACAAUUGUACAUAAUCUUUCUUUUUUUUGUAAUUUUUUAAAGAAAAAACAGGAUCAUGGAGGAAUGCAAAAUGAAAGUAUUUGUUACAUUUAAGCUGUUUUUAUUGCUUCGAUGUAAAAAACAAAUAAAGACUGAGUAAUAAAUCACA